AUGAAGGAUUUGGGUCCAACUAGACGUAUUUUGGGUAUGGACAUUCUAAGAGAAAGGAGCAAAGGGACUUUGAGGUUGUCACAAGAGAGAUACUUGGAUCAGGUUCUAAAGACAUUUGGCAUGCAGGAUGCGAGCUCGGUUCAGACUCCGAUAGGGUCACAGUUCAAGUUGAAAGCUGUUUCCAAACCGGAGGAAGCAGAGGAAGUGAGGAAGAUGGAAGGAGUUCCUUAUGCUAGCGCAGUGGGGAGUCUUAUGUAUGCGAUGGUAGGUUCAAGUCCUGAUUUGGCGUAUGGUUUGGGACUGGUGAGUAGAUAUAUGGGAAAGCCAGGAACAGAGCACUGGGCAGCUGUAAAAUGGAUAAUGCGCUAUCUCAAAGGAGCAGCUAAGUUGAAUUUGUUGUUCUCGAAAGGUUCAGACUUUCAGGUUCGAGGGUAUUGUGACUCAGACUAUGCAUCAGAUCAAGAUAGCAGCAGAUCAAUCACAUGGUUUUUGUUCACUAUGGGAGGAAGCACUGUUAGUUGGCGCUCAUGUUUGCAGAAGGUGGUUGCUUUGUUGACAAAGGAGGAUGAAUAUAUAUCAUUAUCUGAGUCGAGUCGAGAAGCAGUGUGGUUAAAAGGAGUCUGUGAGGAACUGGGCUUCAAAAAGGACGCAGCGGAGAUAUACUGUGAUUCGUAA